AUGCCUUUCCACACGAAGAGUGUUAGUAUCUCUCUGGUGCAGACGAAGGAAGCAGAGGUUCUAAUAAAAGACGCUUAUCUAUCUAUCUAUAUAUAUUUUGAGAGCUUUGACACGGAUUCAUGGUCACGUUCUUUAAACACCAAGCCAAAAGAAUUUUCUUUCAAGAAUUUUGGUUUUUCUCGUUCUUUUUUUUUUCCUCUUCAUAUUCACAUUUUUCUCUCUUUCUUCACUAUCUAUCUAUCUAUCUAUCUAUCUAUCUAUCACAUUUUUCUCACUUUCUUCUUUCAGUUUCUUUCUUCUUUUUUUUCCUUCGUUAAAUUUGCUACUUUUUUUUUCUUUGUUUCUUCAAUUUCUCAUUCGGUUUCUGUGUUUAUCGUCUGUUCUCCUUUUCCUUCAACAUGUCGCUUUUGCUUUUCCUUUAAAUUUCGUCCUUUUUCAUUUUCUCGCCUGUUCUCGUUCUUCUUUUUUUUCCUUCCUUUUUCAUUCUUCCUUUGUUAUCUUACCUCAUUCGUCUUUCACUCCUUCAUAUUUUUCCUGUGCUUCUUUCUUUGUUUUAUCUUUUUCGCAUUCCUCCGCCAAUUUCUCUUUUCAUCGCCUUAUUUUUUAAUAUUUCAUUCACUUUUUUUUCUAAUUUUUCUUUCAUUGCUUCACCUUCUUCUCAUUCUUCUUUCGAUUCAUUUUUUUCUCUUCUUUCAUAGUUCCGCAUUUUUCUUCUUCUUCCGUCAAUUUCUCAUUUUUUUUCUAGUUUUUUCUCAUUUUUUUUCUAGUUUUUUCUUUCGAUUUCUCUUUCGCUUCUUUUUACUGCUUCUUUCAUUUUUCAUAUUUUUCACAUUCAUUUCUUUUUCGUUUGUGGUGUUUUUCCUUCAAUUUUUCCUUCGUCUUUCUUCGUUUUCCUUCAUUUUCUCUUUUUUUCUGUCUUCCAUAAUAUUCUCAUUUUCGUUCUUCAUCCAUUUUCUAUCUCUUCUCUCCUUCUUCCUUCAGUCUCUUAAUUUUUCACUCUCUCCUCAUUAUCUUUCAUUCUUUUUUCAUUCCUCUUUCAUCGUUUCUCUUUUUUCUCACUCUUAUUUCAAGUCCAUCUUUUCCUUCUUUCUUCAUCUUGUGUUCUUCCCUUUUUUUUCACACCUUCAUCUUUAUCUCGUUCUUUUUUUCCAAUAUUUAAUUUCUUUUCUGUCAUCCCUUCAUUUCCUCUCCUUUUAUCAUUCUUCUUUUAUUGUUGCACCUUUUCACUUUCUUCCUUCAAUAUUUAAAAAUUUUCACAUUUGUGUUUCAAUUUUAUCUUUUUUUACAUCUUCGCUUUUUUUCUAUUUUUUCUUUUAUUUUCUUUUUCUUUUUUUUUUUUACGGUUUACUUUCUUCAUUCUCUCUGCAUCGAUUAACUUUUUUCAUUCUCUCUGCAUCGAUUUUCUCUUUUCAGUUUUUUUUUCUUUCGAUAAUUUUGUCUUCUUUUUUCUUCAACCUUUCCUUUUUUCAUCUUAAUCCUUCGAUUUACUUGUCCCUUUUCUCUUUCACCUUCAUUUUAUUCUCUCUGUUAUUUCCUUCAGUUUCUCCAUUUUCCUUCGGGCUCGCCUUUUCCUUCAUUCCAUUUUUCAUUUUCUCAAUUUUGUUUUUUCUUCACAAAUGGUUACUCGCUGGGUAUGACCUUCAAUUUCAUUUUUCUGCUGUUUUUUUUCGUCUGUGUCCAUCAAUCUUUUUAUUUCUCUCUCUCUCUCUCUCUCUCCCGUCUCCUCUCUCUCUCCUUCUCUCUCCCGUCCUCCUCCUCUAUCUAUCUUUCUCUCUUUCUCUCACUCUCUCUCCUGUUACUUCUCUCCUCCUCGUCUCUCUUUCUUUAGCUAUCUAUCUUUCUCUCUAUCUUUCUCUCUUUCCUCUCUCUCUCUCUUCCUGCUUUCCCCCUCUCCCUAGCUAUCUCUUCUCCCUCACUCUCUUCCUAUUACGUCUCUCUCUUUCUUUAUCACUUUCAUCCAUUUUCCUCUCUCUCUCCCUUCUCUCUGACCCGUCUCUCCCCUCUCUCUCUCUCUCUCUCCCGUCUCCCCUCUCUCUCUCUCUCUCUCUAUCUAUCUUUCUCUCUCUCUUUUCCCCCCCCUCUCUCUCUCUCUCUCUCUCUCUCUUCCCUAUCUAUAAUCUCUCUUCUCCCUUCAGCUCUCUCUUUCUUUAUCACUUUCAUCCAUUUUCCUCUCUCUCUCUCCUUCUCUCUGUCCCGGCCUCUCCCUCCCUCUCUCUCUCUCCCGUCUCCCCAUCAUCUCUCUCUCUCUCUCCCGGCCUCUCUCUCCAUCUCCCCCCCCCUCCUCUCUCUCCUCUGUCCCAGCCUCUAUCUUCCUCCCUCUCCCUAGCUAUCUAUCUUUCUAUCUAUCUUUACUACGUCUCUCUUUCUUUAUCACUUUCAUCCAUUUUCCUCUCUCUCUCUCCCGUCUCCCCCCCUCUCUCUCUCUCUCUGUCCCGGCCUCUCGGCUUCUAUCCCCCUCUCCCUCCCCUUCAUCUCUAUCUAUCUUUCUAUCUAUCUUUCUCUUUUUCCUCUCAUCCCCCUCUCUCUUCCUAUUACGUCAUCUCUCUUCUUCCCGUCAUCUCUCCCGUCUCUCUUUCUUUAUCACUUUCAUCCAUUUUCCUUUUCCUCUCCCCCCUCUCUCUCUCCUUCUCUCUCGGCUAUCCCCCUCUCUCCUUUCUCUCUCUCUCUCCCAGUCUCCCCCUUCUCUCUCCUCUCUCCUCUCCAGCCUCUCCCUCUCCCCCCUCCUCUCUCUCUCCCCUAGCUAUCUAUCUUUCUAUCUAUCUUUGGUUUUUCCUUUCCUCUAUUCGUCUCUCUCUUCCUUCGUCUCUACUUUCAUCAUCUCUCCCCUGCCCGUCUCCCCCGUCUCUCUUUCUGUUUAGCCUCUGGCCCCCUCUCCUUUCAUCCAUUUCCUCUCUCUCUCUCCCGUCUUUCCCCAUCCAUUUUCUCUCUCUCUUCUCUCUGUCCCAGCCUCUCUCUCCUCUUCUCCCUCCCCCCUAUCUCUCUCUCUCCCUAGCUAUCUAUCUUUCUAUCUAUCUUUCCUAUCUCUUUAGUUUUCCUCUCUCUCUCUCUUCCUAUUCCUUCUCUCCCCCUCUCUCUUCUUCUAUCCCUCCUCUCCCUAGCUAUCUAUCUUUCUAUCUAUCUUUAGUUUUCCUCUCUUCCCCUCUCUCUUCCUAUUAUCGUCAUCUCUCCCUGCCUUCAUCUCUCCCUUCGUCUCUCUUUCUUUAUCACUUUCAUCCUCUUUUCCUCUCUCUCUCUCCCUCCUUCUCCCCCUCCCUCUCUCUCUCUCUAUCUUUAAUUUUCCCGGCCUCUCGGCUUCUCUCCCCCCUCUCUCCUAGCUACUUUUUCUCCAUCUUUCUAUCUAUCUAUAUCCCCCUUUACUACGUCUCUCUUUCUUUAUCACUUUCAUCCAUUUUCCUCUCUCUCUCUCCCGUCUCCCCCCCUCUCUCUCUCUCUCUGUCCCGGCCUCUCGGCUUCUAUCCCCCUCUCCCUAGCUAUCUAUCUUUCUAUCUAUCUUUAGUUUUCCUCUCAUCUCUCCCUCUCUCUUCCUCCAUUUUCCUCUCUCUCUCCUCCCUCUCAUCUCCCCCUUCUCUCUUCGCCUCUCUCUUUCUUUAUCACUUUCAUCCUUUAGUUUUCCUUUCUCUCUCCUCUCUCUCCCUUCAACUACCUAUCUUUCUAUCUAUCUUCUCUUUUUCCUCUCUCUCUCCCUUCUUUCCCCUCCUCCUCUCUCUUCCUCCCCCUCUCCAUUCAUCUCUCCCCUAUCUGACCCAUCUCCCCUCUCUCUCUCUCUUAACUAUCGUCUCUCUUUCUUUAUCACUUUCAUCCAUCCCUUUCCUCUCUCUCUCUCUCCGUCUCCCCCUCUCUCUCUCUGUCCCGGCCUCUCGGCUAUCUAUCCUCUCCCUAGCUAAGUUUUCCUCUCCUCUCUCUUCCUGUUACGUCAUCUCUUUCUCUCUUUCUUUAUCACUUUUCCUCUCCUCUCUCUUCCCUAGCUAUCUAUCUUUCUAUCUAUCUUUAGUUUUUUCCUCUCCCUCUCUCUUCCUUCGUCUCUCUUUCUCUUUCCCCCCUCUCUCUCUCUCUCUGUCCAGCCUCUCUUUCACUUUCAUCCAUUUUUCCUCUCUCUCUUUCUCUCUCUCUCUCUCUUUCCCAUUUUUUCCUCUCUCUCUCUCCCGUCUCCCCCCUCUCUCUCUCUCUCUAUCUAUCUUUCUAUCUAUCUUUAGUCUUUCUUUUCCUCUUUUCCAUCAUCUCUCCCUUCUCUCUUCCUUUUCAUCCAUUUUCCUCUCUCUCUCAUCUCUCUCCUCUCUCUGUCCCCGGCCUCUCGGCUACCCUCCUCUCUCUCUCGUCCUCUCCUCCUUUCUCUCUCUCUCUCUGUCCCGGCCUCUCGGCUUCUAUCCCCCUCUCCCUAGCUAUCUAUCUUUCUAUCUAUCUUUAGUUUUCCUCUCACUCUCUCUUCCUGUUACGUCAUCUCUCCCUUCCCAGCUACGUCUCUCUUUCUUUAUCACUUUCAUCCAUUUUCCUCUCUCUCUCCUGUCUCCCCCUCUCUCUCUCAUCUCUUCUCUCUUUCUUUAUCUAUCUUUCCCGUCUCCCCCCCCCUUUUCCUCUCCCGGCCUCUCUCUCUUCCUGUUACGUUUUUCCUCUCUCUCUCCAUCAUCUCUCCCUUCCCAGCUACGUCUCUCUUUCUUUAUCACUUUCAUCCAUUUUCCUCUCUCUCUCUCCCGUCUCCCCCCCCUCUCUCUCUCUCUCUGUCCCCCCCCUCCUAGCCUCUUCCUAUCUAUCUUUAGUUUUCCCCCCUCUCUUCCCCUAGCUAUCUAUCUUCCUAUCUAUCUUUUCCAUUUUUUUCCUCUCCCCUCUCUCUUCCUCUGUCCCGGCCUCUCAUCUCCCCCUCUCCCUAGCUGCUUCUAUCUCUCUUUCUUUAUCAUCUUUCAUUCGUCUCUUUUCCUCUCUUUCAUCCCGUCUCCCCCUCUCCUCUCUCUCUCUCUGUCCCGGCCUCUCGCUUCUAUCCCCCUCUCCCCUAGCUUCUAUCUUUCUAUCUAUCCCUCUCACCUCUCUCUUCCCUAUUACUAUCUCUCUUUCUUUCUUUAUCUUUCAUCCAUUUUCCUCUCUCUCUCUCUCCCUUUUCUCUCCUCUCUCUUCCACGUCAUCUCUCUCCUUCCAGCUCGUCUCUCUUUCUUUAUCACUUUCAUCCAUUUUUCUCUCUCUCUCCCGUCUCCCCUGUCCAGCCUCUCUCUCUCUCUCUGUCUAUCUAUCGGCCUCUCCUAUUACCUAUCUAUCUUUCUAUCUAUCUUUAGUUUUUCCUCUCAUCUCUCCCUCUUCCUCUUUCUUUAUCCACUUUUCAUUUUUCCUCUCUCUCUCUCUCCCUUUUUCCUCCUUUCUUCCAUUUCAUCUCUCUCUCCAACUCUCUCUCCCCUCUCCAUUUCUCUCUCUCUCUCUCUGUCCGGCCUCUCUCUCUCUCUCUCUGUCCCCCUCUCCCUCUCCCCUAGCUAUCUAUCUUUCUAUCUAUCUUUAGUUUUCCUCUCUCUCUCUCUUUUCCUCUCAACUAUCCCCCUCUCUCUUCCUGUCAUCAUUUUCCUCUCUCUCUCAUCUCCCCCUCUCCCUUCUUUCCCGGCCUCUUUCAUCCUUUCCUCCCCCUCUCUCUUUCUUUAUCUACUUUCAUCCAUUUUUCUCUCUCUCUCUCCCGUCUCCCCCCCUCUCUCUCUCUCUCUGUCCCUCUCUCCUCUCUCUCUUCUCCCCCCCUCUCUCUCUCUCUCUCUUUUUUCCUCUCUUUCCUGUUCAUCUCUCUCUUCCUCUCUUUCUUUAUCACUUUCAUCAUUUUCUCUCUUCUCUCCUCUCCCCUCUCUCUCCCUCUCUCUGUCCCGGCCUCUCUCUUUCUUUAUCACUUUCAUCAUUUUCCCUCUCUCUCUCCCAUCUCCCCCCCCUCUCUCUCUCUCUCUCUCUCUACGUCUCUCUUUCUUUAUCACUUUCAUCCAUUUUCCUCACUCUCUCUCUCCAUUUUUUCUCUCUCUCCGUCUCCCCCCUCUCUCUCUCUUUGUCCCGGCCUCUCCUUCUAUACCUCCAUCUUUCUAUCUAUCUUUAGUUUUCUAUCUAUCUAUCUAUCUCAUCUACGUCUCUCUUUCUAUCUAUCUAUCUAUCUCCCUCUAUCUAUCUUCCUCUUUUUCCUCUUCACCCUCCCUCUUCUAUCUAUCUAUCUAUUUCUAUCUAUCAACUCUCCCCUUCCAGCUGUGUCUCUCUUUUCCUAUUCCUUCUCUAUCACUUUCUUAUCAUUAUUAA